AUGGAGCCCUCCGCAGCCCGCUCGGAUGGUCCGCCUUCAGCAUCAGUGUCGACCUCGACAUCGCAGAAUGUGAAUCAGGGUAACGCAUCCCUGACGGGUCCGUCUGCAUUCGGCCAGUCCAGCUCGUCAUUCUCAACGACGCAGACGCCGAGUAGCAGCUUGAUUCAGGGCACGUCUGCUUUAGGCUCGACGCCUGUAGCCAACCAAGCCUCUUCGUCAACCUCGGCUUUCGGAGGAUUCUCGAAUCCAAGCAACACUCCCGCCUUUGGCUCUGCCUCCACACCUUCGGCAUUCGGAUCCACCAUGGGCACUUCCGCUUCCGCUUCUGCUUUCGGGGCCAGUCAAGGCACCUCUCCAUUCGGUGCCUCUUCGUUCACAGCGUCUCAGUCGCAACCACAAUCGAGCUCUGUUCCUCCUAGUGCGCCCUCUAUCAGUGCUCCUCAGACGACGAGCAAUGCCCUUGCAGCACCUUCCGCAGCGCCGACCAGCUCCUUCUCCAACUUCCUACGCAAGGAUCGUAGCGGGGCUUCCACGCCAGGCACCGGCGCGGCGACACCAUUCGCAUCGAGCGGGACCGGUAUGAAUGGUACAGAAGACGAGGACGAGCUCCGCAAGAAGCGCUUCGAAGAUGCUCCCAAGGUGGGCAACCGCUUCCUUGAGAUGAAAGGUGGCAGAGAAGCACUUCGAAAUGCGUACAUCAAGUCAGGAGUGCUUCCAGACCCAGACAAGCCGACCGAUCUGGCUUUGGCGGUCAAGCUGGUUGGAACAUGUCAGGACAUGUGCCCCGAGUUUGAACGCGAGGAACGCGAGUUUCAGAAGGAGCUCGAUCCUCUCGAAAUGUAUCCGGGCACAGACCGAGUCGAUCCACGCAUCGCUGUCAAGAUCUACCGACGUCCCGCAGCAGGGCGAGAGCUACCUCUUCCAGAAGACGUUCGCCCACCGCCCGUCCUCAAGCGCACGCUCGACUACCUCUUCCACGACCUUCUGCCUUCCGACCCGAACGAUGCAAGAUUCGCCCAGGUUCAGGGUUUCCUUUGGAACCGCACAAGGGCGGUGCGUCAAGAUUUUAUCGUUCAGAGCGAAGGCGGUGCGAUCGCUAUCGAAUGCCACGAGCGCAUCGCGAGGUAUCACAUCCUGUGCCUCCACUGGAGAGGCGGGCCCGGCGCGGAAGGCUGGAGCGAACAGCAAGAGCUCGAGCAGCUAAGAAAGACGAUGCGCAGUCUCAUGGAGUUCUACGACGAUGCUCGCAGAAAGUCGGUCGCCGGCAAUCCCGGAGGCAGCGCUCAGCUCGCUUCUCCCAACGAGGCCGAGUUCCGCGCCUACAACUUGUUGCUUCACUUGCGCGAUCCCGAGACGCUACGGGAAGCUGAGCUGCUCCCCGGUGACAUUUUCCGCUCCCCCCUGGUACAAACGGCCAUCCAUCUGCGCCAGCUCUCACAGCGAUCCAACAAUCUCGAAAAGCGUGGCCAACCACGUAAUACAGAGGCCACUUUGAACUUCUUCUCCAAAUUCUUCGCUGAGCUGCGAAAGCCCGACGUCAACUAUCUCAUGGCAUGUCUCGCCGAGAACUCGUUCAGCUCGGUUCGCAUCGGAGCUGUCAAGGCAAUGUCCAAGGCAUACAUGGCGCAGCAUCGGGGUCUUCCGAUAGAUAGGGUUCAGCAUGUGCUCGGAAUGGACUCACCCGAGCAGGUGGUGAGCAUGGCUACGCAUCUGGGACUCGAGCUCGAAUACGAAGCUGACGUAGCUGUCGGUGUCAAAAUUCACCGAAGUGCCACGAUCAAAGAGGAUAAACCGCUUCCGACACCAUUCAGCACGAGCAUAGUGGAAGCCAAGCGCGGAUCAAGCACGAGCGCUGAUGUGGUGGACGGUCGCGCGUCAGGCGCCCGUGCUGACCCCCACGCGCAGAUCUCGACGCUCUCGACGCCGUCGGCUCAGCCCUCCGCAGCGACUGCUCAAGCCAGCACGAUCCCGUCAUUCGGCGUGAAACAAGUGCAGGAUUCUGUUGAGCCGCCUUUUGCAGGGUCCCAGUCGCAGCAAUCUACCGCCUUUGGCUCGACAUCACCAUCAAAGCUCUCACCUGCAGCCAAGUCCUUCACACCAACAGCUUUCGGCACUUCGGACUCCAGCAAAACGAGCACAGGAACCGCGUCGAGCACAUUCGGUGCCUUUUCCGGUCUCGGGAACAAUGACUCAAAGAAGGACGUCAGCUCCAGCGCAUUGCCGAGCUUUGGAGGUUUUGGCAAAAGUCUGGCUCAGAGCGACGGAGAGACCAGCUCUGCAUCCAUGCUUUUCGGCGACAAAGCACCAGCAUCCAGCAAUGCUUUUUCAAGCUCAGAAAAAUCGAAGCCUUCACCAGGCUUUUCAUUCGGACAGCCGCCUGGCACUUCUUCACCUGCGAAGGAGUCUUCAAAGGGAGCCAGUGCCAGCCUGCCAUCCUUUUCCUUCGGUGGUGCUGCCACACCGAAAACGGAAUCCAGCAAGUCUGCGAUGCCAUCCUUCUUCGGCUCUUCCUUGUCCAACCGGUCUGCCGGCAACAAAGCUACUGAAGCGCCUACCAGCCAUGCGGAUGCGAAGCCCGAGAACUCGACACCAGCGCCAAGCUCACAAAAGAGACGUGCUUCGGACUCCAGGGAGAAUGCUGCAGCUCAAGCAGCCGCUGCUGCUAAAGCCGAAGCUGACAAGAAAGCAGAAGCGAAGCGCAAGGAAGCAGCCAAGAGCUCCGCGAUCGACCGCGCCUUCAAGAAGCUUUCCGAAGAGGUAGUUCGAUCCGCUGCUCAGACAAUCGCUGCUCGAGCGAUCCAGGAGGAAGACGCCCGGCGUCGAGCUGCAUCGAGGAACGACCUGUUGGCUCGUAUCACGGACAAGCUGUGGACACGAUUGGCAGAAGAGCAUGCAGCUCAAGUCGCCGAAGAGGCCAGCCGAAAAGCGGCUGCCGAAGUGUUCCAGUCGCGAAGCUGCGCUAUGCGUGCGUGGUCGCGCUGGACAGAGGUGUUGGAGGAGAGGCGAGAUCGCGAGCAGCAGCGAAGGCGUCUCGAGGACAUCCGUGGCGAAAUUCGAAGAAGGAACAUUCUUGGCCGCGUUCAGCAGGAUGCCAGUGGACUUGCAACUAGCCCAACCGGGCUCGGUGUCACAAGCAAGAUACCAGAUCGAGAAGAUGCGAGCCCUAUCCGAAAGGCUUUCUCGAUUCGACAAUCGCUCUUGACGGGCGAAAGGAUCGCAAAUUCGGUCCCACGAACGAAGCGCAAGCUCGACGACGACCUCGACAAGGGACGUGCAACACUUCGAGGUGACGCCGAGUUGACCGAGAGGUGGACGCGAGUGCGCCGACAGCGCAGUCAGCUUUGGGCUGAGGGAUCCCUGCUCGAACGGCUUGCGGAGCAUAUCGAGGAGCUGCUUCUUCACUUCCGGCCAGCUGAUCUCGAUCGCCUCGCCAUCCUGUACUCUGGAGCUCCAGGUCAGCACGUAGCUUCAAGCUGGCUCCGAGUCAAGUUCGGGUUUUCGCCUGCGGCUCCAUCCGAAGGCAAGGAGGAAGAGGGCGGGCGCGAUUUGCUCGAGAUCGAUCUGGCAGAUGGCUCGCAGGUCGACCUGGUAGAUGUCACGCCGUCUUCCGUCGGAAGCCACAUCAAUCUGGAGCAAGUGCUCCCUGACCGGGACGAGCACAGUCAGCCAGGCUUGGUCAUCUUCGAAACAAGCCCCGGUAUCGCCCACGCUCAGACUGCAGCCGAGCGAAGAGAAUUCCUCGUCGAGGAUCGGAAAAGGCUUGAGGAUGUCGCAAAGUCAAAGCUUGUUAGGGGCAGUCAACUUGCUUGCCGCUUGCUGGUUGUCAGUUGGGGAGGUGCAGGGUCGGAUAAGUCGGAUGCAAUUUCGACAGGUGAUGAUGGCGAUGUGGAGAUGACCGAUCUGCACAUGGUAUCUGCGAGUGAUGCAGGGCGUAGGGAGAGCUUGCUCGGCGCUCUUGGGAUCGAUGCGAGUAGGGCCGUGCCAAGUCAAGCGAGCAGGACUCGUUCUUCGCCCGCCUCGCAGCUCAAGCCUUCUCCCAUCCUCCAACGCGCGUUCGAACGAGUCGGUGUACUCGAACUCGACGAUGCCUCGGUGUCUGUCGAAGACACGUUGGGUGCAUUGCUUCGGCAAGCCGUGCCGGAUCUGACUCCGAACCCGGCUCUGUACCUGGACGGAAGUCGUCGAUCGACCCUAGAGGACGUCGCGCUGCUGUUCUACGACCAAUGGACUCGAACCUCUGCGCUGCUGUUCGAGCUGCUCUCAGGUUUGCCACCUGCACUGCUAUCCGGUCGCUCCACUGUACGCUCUGCCAAGGUCGAGCAGGUGGCUUGCAAGACUCUGCAAAUCUUGUCCGCUCUCGCGAACCAUGUCCUGCGCACGAUCGUCAGCCUGUCCGAGACGAUUCUGGAAGACGAAGGCACGGACGACCAAGUCUUGCUCGAGCUUCCCCUGCCCUCGGCUACUCCGAAGAGCACCACUGGUCAGCUGGUCAAUAUGGCAGUGUCGCAACUCGACUCGCUGCCAGACGACGGCUCGGAGCAAAACUUGCACCUUCGAUCCCGACUCUUGUCCUCUCUCCAACAGGCUCCGGAUCUCAAGCAAGAACUCGCGGUCGUCAACAAGCAACACGUCGAUGGACUCUUCAGACACUGCCUGGACACGUUGCAGCAAGUGUGGCUCGGAUUGCAGGAAGGGAUGGAAAUCGAGGUGGAGAAGGCAAGGGAUGUGUUUGCGAGGUUGUGCGAGGCAGCUGCGGAUGAGGUGGCGGGGGAGACGAGGGGUAUUUGGAAGGAGUACAGGGCUGGAGUGAAGGCGGAAGAGGUGGAAGAGGAUGUGGAGGAGGAGAGAGGAGAGGAUCAGGUGAUGGUGUCCCCUUCGAACAAGCGUUUCCGCAGGGAUGAUUCGUCGUCGGUCGUGGUGGAGGAGGUUUCACCCGUGAAGGGUAAGACGAGCAAAGUGAACGAGCUACGAGAUCUGAUCGCUCGAACAAGGAGGUUCCUCGAUACCGAGUCAGUUUGA